CUACCAACCACGCCACACACCACCGUCUUACUCUCUCUCUCCAUCCUAUAGCCUCGGCAGCGGUAGCGAGAAGAGGCGAGAGGGAGAGUGGUGAUUUCCUCGUCGAUGGCUUGUCGGUUGCUCUGGCUACCCUGUCGACGAAGCUCCCUUCCUUUGUGAUUCCUUCUUGAGUGAGAAAGAUAUUGGGAGGGCGGAUCUGAGAGUCUUCUUGCUCUUAUCAUCACAGCAGGAAAGAGAGAAGCGUGGGAGAGAGGAAGAAGAAGAAGAAGAAGGGGAGAGAGAGAGAGAGAAGAUGCAGUCGGGAUAUGGAGGCGUGUCGGAGAUCCAGCAAUUCAUGGUUGAAAGCUGCGGCCCGUCGCUCUUCUCCAUCGCCUCGGCAAACCCCGCCGCGGCUGCGGCGCCCACCGACAUCCACCACCCCGCGGUCCCUCACCCUCUCAAGUACCAUCCCCUCGCUCACCCGCAGCCACCCGCGCUGCCUCCCCACUUCUCCCAUUUCCACACCAUCCCCAUCACCCAGCAGCUCUUCCAGCAACCCGCCGCCCAUCAGUUCCAGCUCUUCCACCCCUCCCACCACCACCAGCAGCAGCAGCAGCAGUACCUGGAACCCAUGAGGCUGAUUCCGCAGCACCCGCUCGGACUGGACCAGGAGUCGGGCCCCGAGAACUCCGCCUCGCCAACACGCAUCAUCCCCGGCGGCGGGGGCGGCGGAGGGCCGUCGUUUCUGGCGCCGGCGAUGGGCUUUAAGCUGGCGAUGGAAGAGAGCAGCGGUGGCGGUAGCCGGGACGGAAUUAAUGAUGGUGAUGCCAUCUUGCAUGGAGACGAUGGAUCCGAGAGUCGCCUUCACCACUGGCAACGAGAUGACGAGUCCGCCAUUAAGGAGCUGUCAUGGAGGCCACUGGAUAUAGACUACAUCAACAGGAACAACAAGAGGUGCACGGAUAAGAAGCCUGAGUGCUCCAGUGGACACUACUCUAAGAAGAGCAAAGAGGUAGCGGAGUGUGAUCAUGUGCAGGCCGCCGGCGGCAGCAACUACAAGCUCUUCAGUGAACUCGAGGCCAUCUACAAGCCCGGUGGCGGCAGUAAUGCCGGUGGCGGAGCCAAUCAGACUGGCUCAGGCUCCGCCCUCACUGGCGAUGAGACCCCUCUCUUGCACGUCAUGGUCCCGCCGGGGCUACCCGCCGCCGAUCGUGUCGGUGGGACGUCGGAGACAUCAGCGGGGGAGGAGGCACCGACUAAGAAAUCGUCUAAAGACGGCGCGCGGCGGAGGAGGAAGCGGCGACAGCGGCAGCUUAGCUCGGUGGCUGCCUUCUUUGAGAGCCUGGUGAAGCAGCUCAUGGACCACCAGGAGGGCCUCCACAGGAAGUUCUUGGAGGUGAUGGAGAGGAGGGAACAGGAGAGGACCAGCCGCGAGGAGGCAUGGAGGAAGCAGGAGGCCGCUAAGUCCAGCCGCGAGGCGGCUGCGAGAGCCCAAGAGCGCGCCCUCGCCUCCUCACGCGAGGCCGCCAUCGUCUCCUUUCUCGAGAAGAUCACCGGCGAGAGCCUCGACCUCCCUCCCAAACCCCACUUCCCCGAGGUCGAUGCCGACAAGGAGGAGAACCUCCAAAUCGAACAGUACUCGGAUACCCUCAACAAUGGGGAUCCAGAUAGCAACAAGGUGUCGUUCAACACGAGUAGAUGGCCGAAGGCGGAGGUCCAGGCGUUGAUCCGCGUCCGGAGCGGGCUGGAAUCGAGGUUCCAGGAGCCGGGACUGAAGGGGCCGCUGUGGGAGGAGGUGAGCGCGACCAUGACCACGAUGGGCUACCACCGCAGCGCCAAACGCUGCAAGGAGAAGUGGGAGAACAUCAACAAGUACUUCAGGAAGACGAAAGAGAGCGGCAAGAAGCGGCCACAUCACGCCAAGACCUGCCCUUACUUCCAACAGCUGGACCAGCUUUACUCCAAGUCCCUCAACACCAACAAGCCUCAUCCUUCCGCCUCCCCCCCCGGUGCAAAUGCAGCCGCUUCUAAUCCACCGGGAGACAUUAAGGAUCAGCCGAAAGUGAACUCUGAGCUACUCGAUGCUAUCGUCGUGCCGGCCGACCACCAAAGCUUCCGGUUCUCCGACAUGGGACCUCUAAGCUUUGAUUUUAACAGCAAAGGCAACGAGAACAAGCAGGAGCCCGGUGUCAGCGUGGAGAACAAUGACGACGAGGACGAGGACGUCGACCAGGGAGGCGGCGAAGAGGAGGAAGAAGGGGAAGGGGAGAGCCAAGGCGAAGAAGAAAGCCUCGGCAGACGACGGCAUCAGCUCGAUCAAGAGGAGGAGGAGGACCUCCGUGAUUCGAGCCUCUUUUUCCGACGCCUCCAAGCCUGAAGGAAAGGCCAACGCAAACUAAUUAGGAGGUACAAAUCAGCAGCAUAACAAUAAUUAAGGGUGUAUAACCAUCCUAUGAAGCGGAAAUUAAUUAUAGCUGUUCUUCCAAGUAAUUAUUCUCUUUAUCGUAGCUGUUAGAGACAUUAGCAAUGCUCCUUAUUUCUUCUCUC